GCCCCUGGAGGCGGGGACGCGAAGUGAGGAGGGGGCAGGGAGGGGAGCGGACGCGGGCGAGGAAGACCGGUCCGGGGCCCCCGAUGCUGUGACUGUGACAGACUCACUGAGAUUUGUCCAUGUUGGGGAGGAAGUGUCCUUCCAGGUGUGACCGUGUUCAUCUGGGCAUGUCUGAAGUACCCUGGGCCCAUGGACCUGAAGGAGAAGCACCUGGGAGAGCCCCCCUUGGCCCUGGGCCUGUCUACCCGGAAGGCACUCAGUGUCCUGAAGGAACAGCUGGAGGCUGUGUUGGAGAAACACCUCAAAGAGCGGAAGAAGUGCCGGACGUGGAAGGAGGCAUGGGGAAGCAGCUUCCUGCACCUGAGUAACCGCUGCUCCUGUUUCCACUGGCCGGGGGCUUCUCUCAUGCUGUUGGCUGUGCUGCUGAUGCUGUGUUGCUGUCGGGGCCAGCCAGCCGGGAGCCAUGGAGUGGAGCUGGUAAAUGCCUGUGCCCUGUUCCUGUUGCUGAUUCUCAACCUCAUCCUCAUUGGGCGGCAAGAUCGGCUGAAGCGCCAGGAGGUGGAGCGCAGGCUCCGGGGGAUCAUUGACCAAAUCCAAGAUGCUCUCAGGGAUGAGAAGGAGAUCAAGUGGCCGAACGCCAUGUAUCCAGACCUUCACAUGCCCUUUGCACCAUCCUGGUCCUUGCACUGGGCUUACAGAGAUGGGCACCUGGUAAACCUGCCCGUCAGCCUGUUGGUGGAAGGCGACAUCAUAGCCCUGCGGCCUGGCCAGGAGUCCUUCGCCUCCCUGAGGGGCAUCAAGGAUGACGAGCACAUUGUCCUGGAGCCAGGAGACCUGUUCCCCCCCUUCUCUCCACCGCCCUCACCCAGGGGAGAAGUGAAGAAAGGCCCACAGAACCCCCAGCAACACCGGCUCUUCCGAGUCCUGCAGACUCCUGUGAUUGACAACGUCAGAUGGUGUCUGGACAUGGCCCUGUCACGCCCGGUCACUGCUCUGGACAACGAAAGGUUCACAGUCCAGUCAGUGAUGCUUCACUAUGCUGUGCCGGUGGUCCUGGCUGGCUUUCUCAUCACCAACGCCCUGCGCUUCAUGUUCAAUGCACCGGGGGUCACUUCGUGGCAGUACACCCUUCUCCAGCUCCAGGUGAAUGGCAUGCUGCCCAUCCUCCCUCUGCUCUUCCCCGUCCUCUGGGUCCUGGCUACCGCCUGUGGAGAAGCCCGUGUCCUGGCCCAGAUGAGCAAGGCCUCGCCCAGCUCCCUGCUGGCCAAGUUCUCAGAGGAUACGCUCAGCAGCUACACCGAAGCUGUCUCCUCUCAGGAAAUGCUGCGCUGCAUUUGGGGUCACUUUCUGAGGGUGAUCCAGGGGACAUCGCCAACACUGAGCUACAGUGCCAGUCUGCUGCAUAGCUUGGGCUCUGUCACGGUGCUGUGCUGUGUAGACAAGCAGGGCAUCCUAUCAUGGCCAAAUCCCAGCCCAGAGACUGUACUGUUCUUCAGCGGGAAGGCAGAGCCCCCUCAUAGCAGCCACGAGGACCUCACAGACGACCUGUCUACCCGCUCCUUCUGCCAUCCUGAGGUAGAAGAGGAGCCCCAUGAACGCGAUGCCCUCCUUGCUGGCUCCCUGAACAAUACCCUGCACCUUUCCAACGAGCAGGAGCAUGGUGACUGGCCCGGCGAUGGCCCCAAGCCCUCUGAGCCCCACCCCCAUCACAAAGUAUACGGCCGCAGCAAACACCCAUCUGGUUCCAAUGUGAGCUUCAGCAGGGACACUGAAGGUGGAGAGGAAGAGCCCGGCAAGGCCCAGCCGGGGACGGAAGGUGACCCCUAUGAGGCCGAGGACUUUGUGUGUGACUACCACUUGGAGAUGCUGAGCCUGUCCCAAGACCAGCAGAACCCGUCAUGCAUCCAGUUUGAUGAUUCCAACUGGCAGUUACACCUUACCUCCCUCAAGCCUCUGGGCCUGAACGUGCUGCUGAACCUGUGUAACGUCAGUGUCACCGAACGCCUGUGCCGCUUUUCCGACCACCUGUGCAACAUCGCCCUGCAGGAGAGCCACAGUGCUGUGCUGCCCGUGCACGUGCCCUGGGGCCUCUGCGAGCUGGCCCGUCUCAUAGGCUUCACUCCAGGUGCCAAGGAGCUCUUCAAGCAGGAGAACCAUCUGGCGCUCUACCGCCUCCCCAGUGCUGAGACCGUGAAGGAGACAUCUCUGGGGCGGCCCUCCUGUGUCACCAAGCGACGCCCCCCACUCAGCCACAUGAUCAGCCUUUUCAUCAAAGAUACUGCCACCAGCACAGAGCAGAUGCUGUCCCACGGCACUGCCGAUGUGGUCUUGGAGGCCUGCACAGACUUCUGGGAUGGUGCUGACAUCUACCCUCUUUCCGGUUCUGACAGAAAGAAAGUACUGGAUUUCUACCAGCGAGCCUGCCUGUCUGGUUAUUGCUCUGCCUUUGCCUACAAGCCCAUGAACUGCACCCUGUCCUCUCAGCUCAAUGGCAAAUGCAUCGAGCUGGUGCAGGUACCCGGCCAGAACGGCAUCUUCACCAUGUGCGAGCUACCCAGCCCUGUCCCCAUGAAGCCGAACACGCGCCGCAACAGCUGGAGCUCUGAUGAAGGGAUCGGGGAGGCGCUGGAGAAGGAAGACUGCAUGCAGGCCCUGAGCGGUCAGAUCUUCAUGGGCGUGGUGUCCUCCCAGUACCAGGCCCGACUGGACAUCGUGCGCCUCAUCGAUGGGCUGGUCAACGCCUGUAUCCGCUUUGUCUAUUUCUCUUUGGAGGAUGAGCUCAAAAGCAAGGUGUUUGCUGAAAAGAUGGGCCUGGAGACAGGCUGGAACUGCCACAUCUCCCUCACGCCCAAUGGGGACAUGCCUGGCUCUGAGAUCCCUCCCUCUAGCCCCAGCCAUGCGGGCUCUCUCCAUGACGACCUGAAUCAGGUGUCCCGAGAUGAUGCAGAAGGACUCCUCCUCUUAGAGGAGGAGGGUCACUCAGACCUCAUCAGCUUCCAGCCUACGGACAGUGACAUCCCCAGCUUCCUGGAGGACUGUAACCGGGCCAAGCUGCCCCGGGGCAUCCACCAGGUGCGGCCCCACCUGCAGAACAUUGACAACGUACCGCUGUUGGUGCCCCUCUUCACUGACUGCACCCCUGACACCAUGUGUGAGAUGAUAAAGAUCAUGCAGGAGUAUGGGGAGGUGACCUGCUGCCUGGGCAGCUCUGCCAACCUUCGGAACAGCUGCCUCUUCCUCCAGAGCGAUGUCAGCAUUGCCCUGGAUCCCCUGUAUCCAUCCCGCUGUUCCUGGGAGACAUUUGGUUAUGCCACUAGUACCGCCAUGGCCCAGGCCUCCGACGGCCUUUCUCCCCUGCAGUUGUCCGGGCAGCUCAACAGCCUGCCUUGCUCCCUGACCUUUCGCCAGGAAGAGAGCAUCAGCAUCAUCCGUCUCAUUGAGCAGGCUCGGCAUGCCACCUAUGGCAUCCGUAAGUGCUUCCUCUUCCUGUUGCAGUGCCAGCUGACCCUGGUGAUCAUCCAGUUCCUUUCUUGUCUGGUCCAGCUGCCACCACUCCUGAGUACCACAGACAUCUUAUGGUUGUCCUGCUUUUGUUACCCUCUGCUCAGUAUCUCUCUACUGGGGAAGCCACCACAUAGCUCCAUCAUGUCUAUGGCAACAGGCAAAAAUCUUCAGUCCAUUCCUAAGAAGACCCAGCACUACUUCCUGCUCUGCUUCCUGCUUAAGUUCAGCCUCACCAUCAGCUCGUGCCUCAUCUGCUUUGGCUUCACACUGCAGAGCUUCUGUGACAGUGCCCGGGCCCGCAACCUCACCAACUGCUCCUCAGUCAUGCUUUGUAGCGAUGAUGACAGGGCUCCAGCCUGGUUUGAGGAUUUCGCCAAUGGGUUGCUGUCAGCUCAGAAGCUCACAGCUGCCCUGAUUGUCCUGCACACUGUCUUUAUCUCCAUCACCCAUGUACAUCGCACGAAGCCUCUGUGGAGAAAGAGCCCCUUGACAAACCUCUGGUGGGCGGUGACGGUUCCUGUGGUGCUCCUAGGUCAGGUGGUCCAGACAGUCGUGGACCUGCAGCUAUGGACACACAGGGACACCCGUGUCCACUUUGGCCUGGAAGAUGUGCCCCUGCUGACAUGGCUCCUGGGCUGCCUGUCCCUGGUCCUUGUGGUAGUCACCAACGAGAUUGUAAAGCUGCACGAGAUUCGGGUCCGUGUCCGCUACCACAAGCGACAGAAGCUGCAGUUUGAGACUAAACUGGGCAUGAACUCUCCCUUCUGAGCCAUUGGCCAUGGCGGCCAUCAUUGCCCUGCUUCCUGGGGCUAGAGCCAGAUGGACUCCUGGGUCUGGGGAGUUGCUAUCACGAAUGUUUCAGGGUUUGUGUC